UUGUCAGUGACGCUACAAACUAAACCACAGUAGUGAAUUUGAUGCUACAACAGUUUCGGGUUUCUUGUUAUUAUGUCUGUCAUGGAGGAAGACGAGUUGGAAUUUGCGGAGGAUUUGGAAGCAAUUUUGCACCUGUCACCUGAAGUGCAACUGGCCAUAGAGCAGGUAUUCCCCAGCCAAGAUCCGCUUGACAGACCAGACUUCAAUGCUGUGGAAUACAUCAAUACGCUAUUUCCCACAGAACAAUCACUAGCUAACAUAGAUGAUGUCGUGAACAAGAUCCGGCUGAAAAUCAGACGUCUGGACGACAACAUCAGGACGGUGGUGAGGGGACAAACCAAUGUCGGCCAGGAUGGACGGCAGGCACUGGAGGAGGCGCAGAAAGCCAUCCAACAGCUUUUUGGCAAAAUCAAGGACAUCAAGGACAAGGCCGAGAAGUCGGAGCAAAUGGUCAAAGAGAUCACGCGGGAUAUUAAGCAGCUGGACCACGCCAAGCGCCACCUGACCACCUCCAUCACCACCCUCAAUCACCUGCACAUGCUGGCCGGGGGCGUGGACUCACUCGAGGCGAUGACGCGUAAGAGGCAGUAUGGCGAGGUGGCCAACCUGCUGCAGGGCGUGGUGAACGUGCUGGAGCACUUCCAGAAGUACAUGGGCAUCCCCCAGAUACGACAGCUCUCCGAGAGAGUCAAAGCUGCGCAGAGUGAGCUCGGUACUCAGAUCCUGGCUGACUUUGAAGAGGCUUUUCCUGCACAGGGCUCCAAGAGAACUGGAGGUCCCAGCAUAGUGCUGCGAGAUGCCUGUCUGGUGGCCAACGUGCUGGAUCCUCGCAUCAAGCAGGAGAUUAUCAAGAAGUUCAUCAGGCAGCAUCUCUCCGAGUACCUGGUGCUCUUUCAGGAGAACCAGGACGUGGCCUGGUUGGACAAGAUUGACAGGCGGUACGCUUGGAUCAAGCGUCAGCUGGUGGACUAUGAGGAGAAGUACGGCCGCAUGUUCCCAGAGGAGUGGUGCAUGACAGAACGCAUCGCCGUGGAGUUCUGCCACAUCACCAGGACAGAGUUGGCCAAGCUGAUGAGGACGCGUGCACGGGAGAUUGAGGUGAAGCUACUGCUCUUUGCCAUCCAGAGGACCACCAACUUUGAGGGGCUGCUGGCCAAGAGGUUCUCCGGCUGCACUCUCACCGAUGUGCCCGGGAAGAAGCCGGAGCCGCCUCUGGAUCCCACGAACCCGUUCCUGGAGGACGAGGCUGGGGACGACACUGCGUCCGAGAAGGAUGAGGACCUGGACAAGCCAAAGAAGCCCAAGGCUCCAGACAACCCCUUUCACGGCAUCGUGUCCAAGUGCUUCGAGCCCCAUCUCUACGUCUACAUCGAAUCACAGGACAAGAACCUGGGCGAGCUGAUCGACCGCUUCGUGUCGGACUUCAAGGCGCAGGGCCCCCCCAAGGGCCUGGAGGAUGGGGGCGCGGUGCUGCCCAGCUGUGCCGACCUCUUCGUCUACUACAAGAAGUGCAUGGUGCAGUGCUCGCAGCUCAGCACGGGCGAGCCCAUGAUCGCCCUCACCACCAUCUUCCAGAAGUACCUGCGGGAGUACGCCUGGAAGAUACUGUCCGGAAACCUGCCCAAGACGAACACUAACAGUGGUGGGCUGACCAUCAGCAGUCUCCUGAAGGAGAAGGAGGGCUCUGAGGUGGCCAAGUUCACCGUGGAGGAGCUCUGCCUCAUAUGCAGCAUCCUGAGCACCGCUGAGUACUGCCUAGCCACCACACAACAGCUGGAGGAGAAGUUGAAGGAGAAGGUGGACACGUCUCUGAUGGAGAGGAUCAACCUGUCUGGAGAGAUGGACACCUUCAGCACGGUCAUCUCCAACAGCAUCCAGCUCUUAGUUCAGGACCUCGACGCAGCCUGUGACCCCGCACUGACUGCCAUGAGCAAAAUGCCUUGGCAGAGCGUGGAGCACGUGGGAGACCAGAGUCCGUACGUGACCUCUGUCAUCAUGCACAUCAAACAGAACGUCCCCAUCAUCAGGGACAACCUGGCGGCCACGCGCAAAUACUUCACACAGUUCUGCAUCAAGUUCACCAAUUCGUUCAUUCCCAAGUUCAUCAAUCACCUGUUCAGGUGUAAACCCAUCAGCAUGGUGGGAGCAGAGCAGCUCCUGCUGGACACCCACUCCUUGAAGACGGUUCUGUUGGACCUGCCGUCUAUCGGCUCGCAGGUGGUCCGGAAAGCCCCGGCCAGCUACACCAAGAUUGUAGUGAAGGGGAUGACACGAGCAGAAAUGAUCCUCAAGGUCAUCAUGGCGCCUCACGAGCCCCCAGUGGUGUUCGUCGAUAACUACAUCAAGCUCCUCGCCGACGGCAACCCGGAAACCUUCCAGAAGAUUCUCGACAUGAAGGGCCUGAAGCGCAGUGAGCAGAGCAGCAUGAUCGAGCUCUUCAGGCAGAGGCUCCCCACUCCCCCGUCGGGUAACGAGAGCGCGCCCUCCUCCCUGUCCUUCAGCGCCCCCACGCCCGAGCAGGAGUCCUCGCGCAUACGCAAGCUGGAGAAGCUCAUCAAGAAAAAGUUCUGAGACAACAAUGAAGAUGAUGAUGAUGGUGAUGAGCUGGAAUGGGACACCUCAAUGACAUGUGCUUGUGCUGCUGCCUGCUCACCUGACUGACUGCCCUUCAUAUGCCAGCAAAACAACAAGUCAGCCAUCCAAGCUCCCAAUCCUCCUCCAACAGCCACCAAGGCAACCCACAUACAUGUGAAGUGAAGCGAAGUGACGUGAAAGUAGCACACAGUUCCACAGCACACAGUGCUCACUGCACACAACAGAAUUCCAUUUAUGCCUCAGCCGUGCAUGCCUCAAAUGCCUCCACCAACGCAUACCCCCAUGGUUGUUGUGUGCUGGCUGUCCUGUCCUCAUAAUAGUGGCAUAUUCCAGCCAGUAAUACACCAAACCUCCCCUGUCUCCCAACCAUCAAUGCCCCAGACCCAAGCUGCUCUCCACCUCAGAACCAGCCAGCCAGCCAGCCAGCCAGUGAGCCCAGCUACCAUAGAUCUCCCAUCCAUGCCUCAACCAACAUCCACACCGACCCCAGAAUCUUACUGUAGCUUCUCCCAUCAGACAUUUGUGCCCCCUCACCAGCUCUCCCAUCCAACCUACCCAUCCGUCCCCUCCCAACCAACAUCCAUGCAGACCCUAGAUCUUUGCCAUCAGGCCUUCGUAAACCCCCUCCCCAUCUCCCGGCCAACCUCUCAGCCCUCACACAAUUCACUUCUCUGUGCUUCCUGUGAUGGGCUGCUUUUCAAAUUGAUGUGACUUUGCCCUGCUCCUGCUCUCCCUGAGAAAAACCCACAUCGCAGGAUGGCAAUGGGAUAUGGGACUGUUGAUUUGUGCUCCUAUUGUUUUUGAACUUGUGUUUCAAGUCGUCAUAAAUCAUGCAGUAUGCUCAGUUCACGGCCGUCUCAAGUCAGACUUGUUGAGUUGUUUAUUUGCAUUCUGUGGCUGUAUAGGUACCGGUAGUAUCGAAGGACAGCCAUAUGUCACCACCACACACCAGUAGGGGUGGCAUGUCUACACAACAGGCCAGGCAGCAACAGGCACUUGUAGCCCCGCCAGUGCUCAUGAAGACUAAAAGCAAAACGUAGCCAGUCACACUGUAACAGUAACUUGAGAUUUUUUUGUUUAUCGCCAGCUUGCCUGCUUUUUCAAUAUUGCUGAUGGAGAAACAGGGGAGGGGUAGGAAUGAAUUCAAGGGGUGGAGGUGGGGAGUGGGCUCGAGUUGUUCUCUCUUUUCUUCUAGCUUCACAGCCGCUGCUGAUGGCCUUGGCUGGCAGGGGCGUUGCUGUUGUUUGCUAGUCUUGAUUGUGUACAUUUCCUUCCUUUGCCUUGAAAUGAAAUGGGUGGGUUACAUGAUUUUUGCUCACUCACGUGUGUGCGUGUGUGCGUGCGUGCGUGCGUGCGUGUGUGCGUGCGUGCGUGCAUGCAUGCGUGCGUCUCCUUGUGUGUGUGUGUCAAUUUCCUGGGUGGCAGAACAGAACAUGACAUGGCAACAUAACGUUCUACUGUGUCCUCCGCUUCCUGAGCUGCGUACUGUUUCCUUUUUUCUUUCCCCAUAGCAUAGCAACACUAACACUAAUAGCACCAGCUAUCGCUGCGCUGCUGCACAAGUCAGUCCAUAUAUUUAUACAUGUCCAUUAUAUAUAGUCCAUAUACGAAUGGCAUAUGUCUGUGUAUAUGUAUGUGUGUACAUGUCUAUACGCACACGCAGGGCCACUGACAGCUUUGGCCAGGCCUGGGAUAAAAUCAUCUGAAUGUCGCCCGCCUCUCUCAAUGCAUAUAAUAUAACAUAAUGGGGACCCAAUUUUAGAGCCCCCUCUCUCCCUUGGCCUAGGACAACAAACCCAGUUGUCACACACACACACACACACACACACACACACACACACACACACACACACACACACACACACACACACACACACACACACACACACGACAUGCAGAUAUAUUUGUAUGCCGUUCAUUGCAGCGAUUCCCGAGGAAUGUGUUUGCACUUAAAAGAGAAUCGACAGCCAUUAACUGGAAUCGACCAGAGCAGACGCCUGCUGCUACUUGGCACCAGUCCUUCGGGCAGAGAGAGAGAGAGAGAGGAGAGGCGAGAGAGAGAGAGGGAGAGGGAGGUGGAUGGUUGGAUGGGGGGUGGAGGCCUCUCUCUCUCAUCAAAAUGAUUUAGGGGCAACACUUUUAAACGUAGCCCGAAUCGGCCCAUCCCAUCCCGUCCUGUCCCUGCCUUGGCCUCAGUCUCACUCCCUUUCCCUUCUCUUCUCUUCCCUACAUGCAAAAGUGGUUCCUCCCGGGUAUCCCCCCACUGUGGAUCUUGUAAUCAGCUCAGCAUUCGUUCUCCACUACCACUACACACACACACUCCCAAACACACUCACUUGCAUACACACACAAGCACACGUAGCCUACACACACACACACACACACACACACACACACACACACACACACACACACAC